AUGGCCACCCCCAGUGUCCUGUCUUUUGACGCUGAGGGUCGCGCCAUUGACUUUCCAGUCUGGAUUGAGGACCUGCAGCUGUACUUACUGUGCGAUGCGAUCGAUGAGGUUUCUCUCUUUGACUUUGUCUCUGGAGCUGUCCCUGCCCCUCCUGCUGAUGCUGACCCUGCUGUUCGCUCCAAGUGGGCCACACGCGAUGCUGCUUCACGUCUUGCUGUGCGUCGCCACCUCCCUUCCUCCGAGCGUGCCCACUUUAGUCAGUGCAAGACCGCUCAGGCCUUGUACGACGCUGUAGUUGCACGCUACUCCUCCCCUUCCUCCGCUACGCUGAGCCGCCUCAUGCUACCGUUUCUCUUCCCUGACCUCGCUGCCUUUCCCACUGUCGCUGACCUCGUUACCCACCUCCGCGCUAGUGACGCUCGCUACCGCGCUGCCCUUCCUGCUGAGUUCCGCGCCGCAAACCCUCCUCCCAUGUACAUCACUCUCUACUUUCUCGUCACCCGUCUCCCUGAGUCCCUUCGUGUCGUUAGGGACCAGUUUCUCUCUGUCUGUCCCACCACCCUCACUGUCGACCUCCUUGAGGAGUCCCUGCUAGCGGCUGAGAAGAGCAUCGUCGCUGUAGGGGCCUCUCGGGGUGACCCUCGCACCCCCAUCUUUGAGGGGUGUUCUCCUUCCCCCCUGCUGCCCUCUGUCGCUUCUGCCGCUGCGGCCGACCUCGCUGGUUUUGAGUCGGUCGGUGCGGCGUCUGCCCCCAGCGGUAGACGCCGCUCUGGCAAGGGCAAGGGGGGCAAGGGAGCGGGUGGAGCUAGAGGGGGCAGUGGCGGAGGAGGUGGGGGUGGCGGAGGGAGUGGGGGUGGUGGUGGAGGUGGUGGCGGGAGUGGAGGUACUGGUGGAGGCGGUGGAGGCGGAGGUGGCGGCGGAGGCGGUAGCGGAGGAGGCGGGGGCGAGGGUACCGGUGGGGGCGGUGGCGGUGGAGACGGGGGUGGCGGUGGAGGCGGGAGUGGCGGUGGCGGCGGGGGUCGGAGUGGCUCGUCCCAGCGGAGCAGCUUUGGGGGUGGCCAGCGCCAGCAGCAGCAGCAGCAGCAGCAGCAGCAGCAGCAGCAGCAGCAGCGCUCUCGCACCAUCCCCGCCCCUCAGCAGCUCCGUGAGUGGUGCUAG